CAUGUGUUCUCAUAAUAUGCCACGUCUUUUAAACCAGCGUGUAAAAAAAUAAACAAUCUUAAAUAUUGCACUUUUAUUUCGAAAAGAAGCAGAAAUGUAUAGCAUUGUUUGUUUAAGUAUACAAGUUACGAGUAUCGAAAAUUGUUUUGAAAUCAAAAUAUGUAAAACCUAUUCAGUAAUUGUGUAACAGAAGUUACGUUAUAUUGGAAAACUACCUUUAAAGUGAAUACAUAAUCUUCAGUAUCAUAUUGCAACAGUUGAAUGGGACAAGCACAACGUUUAAGUGAACUACAUACAAUAACCAGUUUAUUUUAGGCAAAGUUGUCAGAUUUAUAAGUGAAAGCGGAAAUAUUCUCGACAACAUGUCAAACAUGGGGAAGAAAAUUGCUUUAAUUAUUGUGAAUCGAGAUUUUGCUCAAAAUAAGGCCGUCAGAAACGGUGCAAUCAAGGACUACAAUAGAAUGUGUGUGAUGUUCGGGGAACUUGGGUUUUCGAUAAAAUCAAGACUCAAUCGGACUGCUGCUCAGAUUCGAGACGAUGUUAAAAAAGCAUGUUCCAUACCGUGCGACCAUUUUGUGUUCGUGAUCAGUACACAUGGCGAGGAAAUGGAUUUGCCUAAGGAGAGUGAUGACUCAGUCAACGUGUUCGAACAGGCACUUCUAGGAACGGAUUGUCAGCUUGUUCCCGUCAGUGAACUCAUUACGUGUUUGGAUAAUGAUGUUCUGAAAGGAACGCCAAAGAUUUGCUUUAUACAGGCAUGCAGGUCCAGCAACAAAAAACUUCCAGAUAAAGUAUAUGACACAGGUGUUCCAGUGACGACUGCCUACACAAAAAAGAAGCAAGAAAGCACAAAUGACAACAAAGAUGGCGGCAACACUUCCAAAGACUCGUCUUCACUUCUAUCGAUCAUAAACAAGUGGUAUGACGAUGACGUCCUGACUUUGCUGAAGUCAGAACUUGUUAUUGAGAGUAAGGAAAAUGAUGCGGAUGACGGAACAGAAGACGAGGAAAUUCUACAGUUUUGGGAUAAUGCAACAAUCCUUGAUUUAGAUGACAAGCAACAGAAAAGGGGAGAUGAGACAGAUACAAUGGGUGAUCCUGAUAACAAUCCACCUUCUCCUGUGCCAAAGAAACCCCUUCCGAAGCUUGAUGUGGCGCCAGUUGAUUGUCCCAGAGAUUGCCUUAUUAUGUAUCCAGUGCAACCGCAUAAAUUAGCUAUACGAAACAAAAUACAUGGAUCUUGGAUGUUUACAUAUUUGUUUGAGGAAAGGAGCGAGCUCAAAAGUAGCAAGGGAAAUAUUUUGCCGUUUUUAACAUCAGUGAUGAAAAAAAUGUCAGAAUACGACGCUAAAAUUGACGGCAAAUGCGAUUUGAAAAUGUGUGGAACAAUUUACCACAGACUAACAACUAAAGUUCUUCUAAACCCCCCCGGAGUAUUUACUAGACAAUUCAGAGCGUGGUUGGCCAGAGCAAAAUUACGCUUCAGUAGUGAAGGCAUUUUGUAAUGGCUUUAGUUAUUAACUUCUAUGUUUUGGACUGCGUAGCAUAAUCUAAAUUGCUGCGUGUCUUAUAAAAUAAAUUCAUUGUUAAGUGCGGGUAUUAAAGGGGCCGUCCAACAGAUUUUGGCAUGUAUUAAAGCUUGUUAUUAACUGCUUUAAAUGCUUUAUAUUGAUAAAUUUAAACAUUUGAACUAAAAAAUCUCCAGUAAAAAAUAAGAAUACAAUUUAUAAAAAAAGAAGAAAAAACGUUAACCUCCACAGGGCUCGAACCACUGACCCCUAGAGUCAUGGAAGCUUGGAGUAAAAUGUCUUCCGACUUUACCACUCGACCAUCCACGCUCACGUCAAAUGCUGAGGUAUUUUUUAGCUAUAUAAGCAUUCCUCGUAGUUUCCCAAAAUAUCGAUUCGCGUCGAACGACGCUUUAAUCUGUUGGACAGUCCCUUUAAGUUGUCUUUAUUUACGUCAACAUUACAAACAAAAAGGGAACACAACAGGUUGAACAUUUUGUAAAUAGUGGGGCAUAAAAAGGGAAGUGGGACUCGCCUUACCAUUCCGCUUUUGCUCAAUCUCUAUUUACUAUUUAUCGGCUUGUAAUUGUGUUCAAUUAAACGAAUACGUUUAGAUUUUGGUAGAGUUUUAUAUAUGGGGAACUUGGUGGAAUAUUAGAAUAUUGCUUAUUGGUACAAGACUCUGUUAAUACAAUUAGAUGCUGACUUUAGACUUUAGACUUUAGACAGCAAACAUGUAAGCUAUUAACGUGGCAAUAUCAAUAUACUAUGCAGCAUUCAAUUAUUUAAUAACAGCACUAUAAGUAGCAUUCCUCGUAUGACAUGUGACAAGUUUUAGCUUUAUAUUGCUUGUAAGUAAAUGGAUGAAAACGGAUAUAAUAAUACAAUUACAGAAUAAAUGAGCUUUAAUGAAUUGAUUUAUAUAUACAAUCUUGUAAAAUGCAUGCGCAUAUAAACACAUAUUGACAAUCUAUUAAAUUAUUUUUCCAAACGUUCCAUUAUAGUAGACGAAGCACAUUAGAACUUAGGUCCUUUGUUUCGUCAAUAUAUUAACGUUCUGGUAAUCAUUAUUUCAACAAUUAAUCUGUAUGAAGUCACUUACAAGGAAUUCGAUAUUAAUCAAAUUAUAAAAUAAGUGUUGUAUAAAUAUUAUCAAAGGUAUACUAGAAUAUUGUGGUUGUAAUGAUUUGUGGUUGUACAAAGUAGUUGGAACGGUGGAUAUUUUUCUAUACAUUUAAAGAUUUGUUUAUACGAAGACGGAAUUCGUAAUUAAGUUCUUGUAUAAAACAAAGGUGUGUUCUGGUAUCAUAUUUUUAAUUUCACCACAUUUAAAUGUUACAGGUGUUUACAAAAACAGAUUAAUUCUCUCCUAAUUAAUAUUUUGAUGAUUUCUAUGUAGAGUUGAAAAACUGGUGGAUGACAUAAACAAACCAUUCAUUUUAUCUGUAAAUGAGGUCUCUGUGAAAUUGUAAGAAACAAAAUUAAUGAGUUCAUUUAUUUAUAAAAUUUGUUCAAAUUAUGUCAAAAGGCCCAAACUGACCACAACCCUAGAGUCACCAUAUUUAUACUGACUUUUAUAUGGCAAUUUUUUUUAAAUCUUAUUAUCAUACGGGGUUACACAGUUUGUUUAAAUUAAGUCCUUAGGUUCGAAAGUGCCCUUUCCUCGGGGUUUUAUAUUGACUUACUAAAUUGACGAAUAUAAAAAAAUACCAUUUU